AAUUAAAUGACUUAAAAUUUAUCAUAGGUAUGAAAAUCACAUUUUGUAAAGUUUGAAAAUCUGUGAAAGUAACCACCAUGUGAAUGAUUGUGUGAUGCGUAAACACAAGCUACUCUUGGGUAAACUUUAUGGCAGAAACAAGUGCUUUGUAUGGGGACCUAGUGAAAUUAUCCACAUUUACAGUACAUGCAUAGAUUAAAUGCAUGAGACAGUUGAUUUCUACACGAUGAUCCUUGGUAUAUUAUGUAGAAUUAUAAUCUGACCCUUAUGUUGUCACUGAAAUUAAAAACUUAUUAGAUAGUAAGUAUCUGGUUACAAGUAAUGAUGUCCAAUUUUUUUUCAAAACUCUAAACAAAAAAUCUGAAUUAACUAUAAGACAGAAAAGGAUAAACUAGAGAAUGACAUUGGAAGUUUAUUUUUGUUUUGUGUCACCUUGAGAAUAUUUCCAUUGUGUAUAGAACAUGGCUUUAAUGUAAGCAUCUAUCACACACUCGAAAUGUAGCUGCGCUAUCUACAAUAUGUUUGCAAUACCUAAACAUGAGAAAUCUUCCAGUAGUCGACUGUCCAGCGUACAUCUUAAUAAUUUAUAUCAACGUACGACUUAAUAGAAUUCCAAACAGAAAGUGAAAAUAGAAAUUGACAGUUGACGAGUAGCACGCUUUCCUGAGUGUUAUAAUGAACCGCCCUUUCCGUGGCCACUUGCUGUUGGUAGGUGAAGGCGAUUUUUCUUUAUCUGUGUCUCUUCUCUCAUGUCUGCCACGAAAUUUGUGGGGGAACAUAACUUCCACGAGUUUUGAGUCUGAUGUCACCAUUCUGAAGCACAAGACCGCAAAAGACAACAUCCAGUUGCUUAGAGAACACGGUGUCAAUGUUUUCUUAAACACGGAUGCAACAAACUUGUUGAAUCAUGAAGAAGUUAAAAAGAAAAAGUAUUGCAGAAUUGUAUUCAAUUUUCCUCACGCAGGAGGCAAGUCCAACCACAAGAAAAACCGAAAGCUGCUGAAAGAUUUCUUCUGCAGUGCUGUGGAGGUCCUUGAGGAGGGUGGGGAGGUUUAUGUAUCACUUUGUCGGGGCCAGGGAGGAACUCCCGCUGAUCGGCCACGCAGGAAGUGGCAUGACAGCUGGCAAGUCGUUGCCAUGGCAGCCUGUGCUGACCUGGUUCUCCAGGAGGUCGUCCCAUUUGUUGCACACAGUCUGUCUGAUUACUCCUCUACAGGGUUCAGGAGCCAAGACAAAGGAUUCAACACAGAGGGAGCUCUCACCCACAUCUUUGUCAGAACGGAGUCGAUUCAGAUCCCAGAUGACUCUCUACAAAUCUGUCAUGAACUUAAUUGCCUCCAUAAUAACUACAUAAUGCAAAAAACUUCAAGAAAACUUCACAAAGAAGAUGGCAAUCCUGUGUGUUAUCUCGCAAAGAACCUGGAAACAGAAUUGACAGAGAAGCUGACGUUCCAGUCAUGUGACAUUGACUUCCUUGUGUCUCCUAAUACCUUACCCUGCCAUUGUCAGACAGUUAAAGACUCAAACAUAUCGGAGACUAUAGAGAAUCUGUGUGACAUUGAUCAGAGCUGUGGUGUACCAGUAAAGCUUUUACAGAAGGAGCCAGUAUUAUGUACUGUCCAGACUAUAGAGGAAGGGCCGAUCAGUCUAGAGGGUCUCCCAGUGAUGCAUUGCAUGAUGGGUAGUAUUCCAGAACCCCAUGUCAUAAAGAGUGAAGCCAUCUGCAGAUUGUUAUCACAAGUUGUAAGCCAUGUAUCAAAAGGAGACAGUGAGCUUAAAAUCAGAGGAACAAAAAUUUAUGUCUGUAGAAACACAGACUAUAUUGAUGUUGGAAAAAUAUUUUCUCACUUUGAAGGAAACUAUAGCUAUGAACUGUUUUUUCUGAAUCUUGACAAACUAGCAGUUGCACUUUUCCAGCUGCCAAAUAUUAGAAUUCUGUGGUCACUUGACAGUUGCGUAAUAACAGGUUUCCAUAGGAUGUUGACCUCUGACCCCCCAUUGGUAUUCCCUGUAGUCAGUCUCUACCCCUUAGUUUUCUCUCAUGACAUGAGUUUCUGGGAGAACGCUGAACAGUCGUUCAAUGAACAGGAGUUUCUCUCAGUGGUUCGAGAAGUGUGUGGUGAUGUUGUGGUUUGUGUGGAACUCCUUGACCGAUUCCACAGCGUGGAGCUAAAUAAAUUCAGUCGCUGUUAUCAUCUCCAGUUUCAGUCCUUUGACCGAGCUCUGAGUUACAAUACAUCCUGGAGAAUUCAGAGUUGCCUUAGAUUGUGUGUAGCCAACCAGAUGAAAGUGGAACUUAGGUAGCAAUAAUUCUAAAAAUACAGAAAUUCAAUAAAUAUACAAUCUAAAAAGAUCUUGUUGUUCAAAAACUAUAAUUGAUUGACUGAUUUAUAUGUUGUUGAUGCCUAUUACCGAUAGCUCAUCUGGUCACACUUGUAUAGUAUUCAGCCACACUCUCCUCAGUGAACCUCUUCUAUGUAACAACCCCAUUGAUUUUUUUUUUACAGAAAUAUUAAAAUACCCAUCAUUUUAAUAGAUUAUUUAUUAUGUCUGGAACUCUAACAAAUUAUAAUAUGUAACAAUAACUACAUGUGUAAUUGAUACAAUCGGUGAAACAUACUGGUUUAAAAAUCAGAUUAAAUCUAUUGGCACUUGA